UAAGUGGCAUCAGUCCACUGUGGAAUCAAAAAGAAAAUGUACAGUUAAGGAACGAUGCCCAACCAAAGGUGACUUAAACCUACAAACUGGAGUGGAUUAGCUACUAAUAGUGGAGUGGAUUAGCUACUAAUAUAUCAUCAUGAGUUUCGGUAGAUUCUUUCUCUGGGUCCUCUUUAUCAUUCUGAUCAACACCGCUCUUCUUGCGUGCUACUUUCGUGAUACAAUUAUUAAGUUCAAGUUGAUGUCUACUGCCUCCAUUUCAAUUUCAAGUCAGAAAUUGAGCACUGGCGAUGAACAGAUCCAGCAAGCCUUGGUGUUGAGAGAAAUAGAGAAGAUGUGGGAGGAGCAGCUUAUUGAGAAUUUGUUUAGAGGCACUGCAGCACCACAAAAUAUAGUGAUGGAGGGGAGUGAGCAUGAGCAUGAGGAGGGAUGGGGAGGCACUGCAGCACCACCAAAUAUCGUGAUGGAGGGGAGUGAGCAUGAGCAUGAGGAAGGAUGGGGAGGGGUUGACAGAAAUAUAACAACAAUUGUCAUCGAAGAGGUUAAUGAAGAUGAACGCCUGUUAGGAGAGAAGAUGAAAAAUGAUCCUAAACCCAAUACGCCUUUGCAGAAUCUAGACGAUAAACUUGACAAAACCGACUCUAAUAAGCAAAAUGAGAACACAUUUCAAACGGCUCAAGAAAAAGACCAAACUAAUCACAGAAAACCAAAAAUGGUGUUAGUUCUGACCCAGAGCCGACAUGGAUCUACCUGGCUGAUGGACAUGUUAGGAUACAAGGACGAUGCUGUCCCUGUUUUUGAGCCGCUUAACUGUGGUGGAUUCCUCAAGAUGUACGCAACUUCUGAUGAGAUUAGAAAUGAAGCACUUGCAGAGGGCUUCGAUCCAGUAAAGUAUGAUGAUUGGCACGAGGUCAUCUUAGCUCGGAUUUGUUUAUGUGAUUGGUACGGUAUAAAAAUACCAGGUAAAUCCGACAGGAAAUAUGGGACCAUUCGCGGACUGUGGUACAAAGGAAAGCGGAUGAAUCCGGAUUCAGUAGGCCCGUCUAAUGAGAGCCUAGCCAGAACUAAAUGUACAGAAGAGGGUUCAAUGAUGGUACCCAAGACCAUUAGGUACUAUAACAUGUCGAAGAUGCAUAGAAUCAAUGAAUUCGGGUGCGAAGAUUUCAAAGUCAUUCAUCUUGUAAGAGAUCCUAGAGCUGUUAUGAACUCUCGAAUGACUGUGUUUUCCGAGCUAUUUGAUGGCAAUGCGUUGUUAGGAAUGCGAAUGGAAAACUACAAGUUGGGUCAAUUUGGAUACGACGAAGCUUACAUGACAAGAGCAGCUGAUCACCUGUGUUCUCAUCAUCUUUACAACUAUAAACUAGGCAUGAACCCUCCACCCUGGCUGAAAGGACGGUACAAAAUGGUCAGGUACGAGGAUUUAGCAGAUCAUCCCCAACAUUGGACCCGAGAACUGUUGCAUUUCAUAGGAGUAAAAUACACUGCCAAGUAUCAAGAAUAUGUCUACAAUUUAACUCAUCUAAAAGACAGAGGGAAGAUUGAUAAUGGAUGGUAUGGAGUGGAGAGACAAACUAGUGAAAUUUCGAACAGCUGGAAGGAGAAACUGGUUGAGCCUCAUUGGAGAACUAUUGAGAAAGUUUGUGCAAAAAUGAUGAAAGCAUUCGACUACAAACCUACGUUUUCAAAUUCAGAAGAUUGAUUCGAAUUCUGAUGUAUAAUAAUAAUAAUAUUAACC